AUGACCACCCUCGGCGAUGACCUCCUCCGCACUGUAAACAAGCUCCAAGACCUCGUCUUCAACACUAUAGGCAACGACUCCCUUGAUCUCCCCCAGAUAGUCGUUGUCGGCUCCCAGUCGUCGGGGAAGUCCUCUGUGUUGGAAAACAUUGUUGGCCGGGAUUUUCUACCACGUGGAAGUGGAAUUGUAACUCGUCGGCCGCUGAUAUUGCAGCUCAUCAACAUCCCUCCCGAAGAUGACGAUUCAGAUAUCAAUGGCAAUGGCGAUGUACACAUUCCCCAUACGGCAGCCAGCGUGGCAGAACAUGGGGAGUGGGCAGAGUUUCACCAUAUCCCUGGUCGCAAGUUUACCGAUUUCAACCAAGUCCGCGCCGAGAUCGAGAACGAGACGGCGAGGAUAGCGGGCAACAACAAGGGCAUCAACCGCCAACCCAUUAACCUUAAGAUCUUUUCUCCCCAUGUCCUCAACCUCACCUUGGUCGAUCUUCCCGGCUUGACAAAAGUCCCAAUAGGCGAUCAACCUUCCGACAUCGAGAAGCAGACAAGAACUCUCAUCUCCGAAUACAUUGCCAAACCAAAUAGCAUCAUCCUUGCCGUCUCUCCCGCCAACGUCGAUAUCGUCAAUUCUGAAGCUCUGAAGCUCGCCCGGCAUGUUGACCCCAUGGGAAGAAGGACUAUUGGCGUCCUGACAAAAUUAGAUCUGAUGGAUCAUGGUACAAAUGCUCUGGACAUCCUAUCGGGUCGUGUCUAUCCGCUGAAGCUGGGAUUCAUCGGUGUUGUCAAUCGAUCGCAACAAGAUAUACAGACCAACAAGCCCAUGUCUGAAGCUCUCAGAUCAGAGGCAGAGUUCUUCAGACACCAUCCCGCCUAUCGGAAUAUGGCAACAAGAUGCGGGACACAAUAUCUAGCAAAAACUCUGAACACGACUCUCAUGGGGCACAUUCGCGAUCGGUUACCUGACAUCAAGGCGCGGUUGAAUACUUUAAUGGGCCAAACACAGCAGGAGCUGGCAUCUUAUGGGAGUAAGCAAUUCAGUGGCAAGGAGCAUCGCGGAUCAUUGAUCCUUCAACUCAUGACCCGCUUCGCGACAUCUUUCAUCUCCUCUAUUGACGGCACAUCUUCAGAAAUAUCGACAAAAGAGCUUUGUGGUGGUGCGAGGAUAUACUACAUCUUCAAUUCUGUGUUUGGCAACUCUCUAGAAACCAUCGAUCCUACACACAACUUGUCCGUCCUCGACAUUCGAACAGCCAUCCGGAAUUCUACCGGGCCGCGACCGAGUCUUUUCGUCCCUGAACUUGCCUUUGACCUCCUGGUGAAACCACAAAUCAAGUUGCUGGAGAUCCCCAGUCAGCGGUGUGUGGAACUAGUCUAUGAAGAGCUGAUCAAGAUAUGCCACACAUGCGGAUCCACAGAGCUGUCGAGAUUUCCGAGGUUACAAGGCAAGCUUAUCGAGGUCGUGUCAGAUCUGUUAAGAGAACGACUGGGGCCUUGUUCAAAUUAUGUCGAGUCUCUUAUUGCCAUUCAACGUGCGUACAUCAACACCAAUCAUCCAAAUUUUCUGGGAGCGGCCGCAGCUAUGUCUUCUGUCAUCGCAAGUAAGAACGAGAAGGACAAGAAAGUCGCUCAAGCCGAGGAGAGACGAAAACGAGAGAAGCAGCGCAUGAAGCAACUAGGCGUUAACGGCGCCGCCACACCAGAUGAAGAAGACGCCGAACAAGAGGACAAACCUACCUCGUUGCCAAACAGGAAACACCCGACAUUAAGCCGCAGCAUGUCGCCCGCCGUGGCUCGCGAGCGCGAAAACGGCAUGGGCAGCAUCUCCGCGGCCACGGGCUCAGCAGGCACGGCGAGGGAUUCGUUCUUGAACUACUUCUUUGGAAAGGAAGGCGGAUUACCAGGUACCUCUCUACAGGGCAGCCCGGCCGUUGUUCCGUCGUCUGCGUCCGUGGCACAACGACAUGCUAGUCACAGCGUCGAUCCGAGCUUUUCGCAGAGUAUUCGUCGGAUGGACCGUGGCAGCUUUACAGAUCGAUCGCCCGUGUACCCAGCGGCGCUACAUGACGACUAUGCGCCUGGGUCCGAAUAUGGCGACUCGAGCUUACUAUUCCCUGAACAAAAUGCAGAGCCUGCCCUAACGGAACGUGAAGCCCUGGAAACCGAGCUCAUCCGCCGUCUGAUCUCUAGCUAUUUCAAUAUUGUCCGCGAAACCAUCGCCGAUCAAGUGCCAAAAGCCAUCAUGCACUUACUUGUAAACCACUCGAGGGAUGAAGUGCAGAAUCGUCUUGUCAGCGAGCUGUACAAGGAGGAGCUCUUUGGCGAGUUGCUAUACGAGGACGACGGGAUCAAGAAGGAGAGGGAGAAGUGUGAAAGGCUCCUGGCGACAUACAAGGAGGCCGCAAAGAUCGUGGGAGAGGUUUUGUAG